AAAAAAAGAAUCACUCUCUAUUUCUCUUGAACAGAACCAACAUGGCCGAAAAGGAAGGAGGUAUCGUGAAGAAGGGUCACGAGGAGGGUCUAAAGCUGGCGGUGUCACUGCUGCAAGAGUUCGAGCUUCCAGCGGGGCUUCUCCCUCUAGCAGAUGUGAUCGAAGUUGGUCACGUGAAGGGCACGGGGUACAUGUGGAUCGUGCAGAAGAAGAAGGUGGAGCACGAGUUCAAGAGGAUAAACAAGUUGGUGAGUUAUGACACGGACAUCACAGGCUACAUCUCGAAGAAGAAGAUAAAGAAGCUGAAGGGCGUGAAGGCCAAAGAGCUCAUGCUGUGGCCUCCUGUGAGUGAGAUCACUGUCGAUGACUCUCCCACUGGCAAGAUCCACUUCAAGAGCCUCGCUGGCAUCACCAAGACCUUCCCUGUUGAGGCCUUCGCUGCUGGACAGUGAAACCACGUCCAUGCAUGCAUGCAUGCAUACAUGGGGUCCAAUAAAACACACACAUAUAUAUAUAGUUGCUUCUUUUCUCUACUAUACUGUGUUUCGUGUGUUAGGGUUUAGUUCAUGGUUGUGAUCAUAAUGAUAUCUGAUGUUUUUGUUUUGUUUGUUUAUCUAUCUUCUUUCUUAAAUAAUAUUGAUGUGGAGGCCUCGAGAUGUUGCACCACUGAGUGAUA